AUGAAUCCAAAUCUCCAGAAUCGUGAGUUCUGGGAGAGCCUACAUGGAAAGAUCCCAGGUCUGCUGGACUGGAAGAUGAAUGAGGAGCUGAAAUUAGCGACCACCACUGACCAGCUACCCAGAGAUACUCCCUUGGAACCUAAUUUAUGGAUGUGGGUGGAUCUCAACAUAGUAUGUCCUACAGCUGGGAAGCAGAUCUCAAAGGAGCCAGAUUUGGUCCAUAACCCUGCAUCUCUUGAAGAGGAAGAAAAUACCUCUUUCUCAGAGGACAGUUUGCAGCCCCCAGCCUCCACCAGCCAGCAGCCCCCAGGCUCACCCAGCCAGCAGCCCCAGGACUCCACCAGCGAAAAAGAGCUCUCAGAAGAAGAAGAUAAGAACACCUCCAUGAUCCUCCUAUCACCCCACAAAGUGGGAUCCCUUCGAGGCUGUCGGCGACAGGUGGGCACCCAGACAGGGGCCCGGUGGCCCAGACCCCCACUUAAUUACUGUCACCUAAUAGCUCUGGCACUGAAAAACAGCUCUUCUAGAGGACUCAAUGUCCAGGAGAUCUACAACUUCACCCGACAACACUUCCCCUUUUUCCGGACAGCUCCAGAGGGCUGGAAAAAUACUGUUCGCCACAACCUCUGUUUUCGAGGCAGUUUCGAGAAGGCCCCAAUGAGCCCAGAGAAAGGAACAGUUCCCGGCCGUCCUCGAUCCUGCCGGUGGCGACUCACAGAAGAAGGGAACCGGCGCUUUGCGCAGGAGGCCAGGGCUUUGGCAUCUGCUCGGCUCCAAAGUAUCCAAAAGUGUAUGAGUCAUCCAGAAAUGAUGUCUGCCCUCUUUGACCUUUGA